AAAAAUAAAAAUGAAAACUAAAACAGAACCGGGAAGGGAAAAUAAUCAGAGGUUCAGAAAAUUAGGUCAAGCCCUAAUCGGUUGGUUCACGUGGAAGAGCCAAAGUCCCGUUCUCAGCGGUCACCAGUUUGGAGGGGACGCAGUCGCAGCGUGAUUGUCUUGGAGAGCAUUCUCAUCUCAUCCUUAAAAGCGAACUGACGGGGAUGGGGAACACGAGCAAAGAUCUUCUGCACUUGGAGCACAAGAACCCUUCUUCCUCGCCUUUAGAAUCCGCACUUUUUGUAUGUGAAACUGAGUCAUUGUCUCAAAACAAGAAGAAGCCACAUCCAGAAGGACAGCCUAUUACCACUCCGGUUGCUACUAGCCAAGUUGUAGGAAAAGUGAAGGAUUUUUUAGGAAUGAUAUCAGAAGCUAACAAAAAGCUGGUGCUUGAGGCAAAGGACAAUUCUAGUGAGCAUUAUAAUAUUGAGGUACUUACAGGGAGUGAACCUGAAUACAUUGAAAUGAAUUUGAUGCUGGGCGUUGCGGACCUCCAUACCCCCGAGGCUGUAGUUGCUGCUGAAGCUGCAAUUGCUGGUUCUCAACCAAUAAUUCCUGGUGCAGCUAGUAGCAGAGCUGAAUCAGAUGAUAGCAGUGAUGAUGGAGACAGUGAUGGCAGUGACGAUGAAGAUGAUGUGAAUAAUGGUAAUGACAGCAGUGAGGACGAAGUUGAUCAUAUCAAAGACUGCUCUGCUGUUAAAGUAGAAAGAUUAAGGUCUGGUGAUGAUGGAUUAUCGAGAAAUCAUCAGUCAAAAAAGCGCCCAAAGAUUGUAGAACUGUAAUGAAACAAAUUUUGGCAAGUCUAGCAUGAUUAUAUCUACUGGUGAGGAAACAUUUGUCUGAGUGAGUUCUAUAGGAAACUUUCGUGGGCUUGUGGUUAGGAUUAUCUCUAUGACAUGGGAAAUUUGCGUGCACAUGAUCAAGGAAAUGUUGUGGAUGCUGAGUUCAUAAAUUAUAGUGGGAACAAUUUUGCUAUUUACUUGUGUUUUGUAAGCAUGAAGGGGAGAUUAGGUGCAGCGGUAAGGUUGUUGCCGUGUGACUUGAAGGUCACGGGUUUGAGGCGUGAAAAAAGCCUUUUGUAAAAAUAUAAGGUAAGAUUGUGUACUAUAGAUCCAUUGUGGUCCGUCCUUUUCUCAGACCCCGCAUAUGCGGGAGCUUUGUGCAUCGGACUGUCUUUUUAACUUAUGUUUUGUAAACAUAUAUCAUACAAAAUAUGGAGAAGGUGAACAGCUAUGGGUGUGAGGUGAAUGUUUCCUGCUAGCGUUUCAAAA